UAUGCAUGGACCAACAAGGCCCCGCCCACCACUCAGGAUGUCCAUGGCUUCAUGAACAUUCCAAUUCCCAAACAACGCAAGAAGAUAAAAGUGAAAACUGAAGUUGUGACCGUGAGCUUCUGGUGCCUCAACCCGGCUGUGGCUUUUUCCGACCUGAGUGGCAAAGUUCACAGCAUCGUUCUGACCUCAGGGACUUUGUCACCUAUGAGCUCCUUCUCCUCAGAACUGGGGGUGAAAUUUUCCAUCCAACUGGAGGCCAGUCACGUCAUCAACAGAUCUCAGGUGUGGGUUGGCACAGUUGGCGAGGGUCCUCAGGGCAGGAAACUGUGUGCCACCUUCCAACAUGCUGAGACCUUCAUCUUCCAGGAUGAAGUGGGUGCUCUGCUGCUGCAUGUCUGCCAGGUGGUCUCCAAGGGGGUCCUCUGCUUCUUCCCCUCCUACAAGAUGCUGGAUAAGAUGCGGAACAGGUGGAUCACCACCGGAGCUUGGGAGAAACUUGAACAGCUGAAAACGGUGAUAACAGAACCUCGUGGUGGCGGGAAGGGUGAUUUUGAGGAGCUGCUUCAGAUCUACUACAGUGCCAUCAAAUGCAGCCAGGAAAGAGAUGGCGCUCUGCUGAUGGCUGUGUGUCGAGGAAAAGUCAGCGAAGGACUGGACUUCACUGACGACAACGCCAGAGCUGUGGUCACCAUCGGAAUUCCUUUCCCCAACAUCAAAGACCUUCAGGUUGAACUGAAGAUGAAGUACAACGACCAACACUGUAAGAGUCGAGGUCUUCUUCCUGGUCAUCGCUGGUAUGAGAUUCAGGCGUACAGAGCUCUCAACCAAGCACUGGGAAGGUGUAUCCGUCACAAGAAGGACUGGGGGGCGUUAAUCCUGGUGGACGACCGUUACCGUAGCAACCCCUCCAAGUACAUCACAGGUCUGUCCAAGUGGGUGCGCCAGCUGGUCUACCAUCAUGACUCCUUCCCUGACGCCAUGGAGUCCCUGGCAGUCUUCUCUCAGGCACAGCACAGGUGUUCCCGUGUAGACCACCACACCUCCCCAGAGAACUGCUCAGGAACCAAGGAGUUGCCAAAGUUCUCAGAUCUUCAUGGUCCACCUCACACACCUGUCCCAGCUGAGCAGGAAGCACCAGGGAAGAUCAACACUCUUCCUCUUCUUCAACCAUCAGCUGAAGAUCCUCCUUUGGACUUUAGCCCUCUGACCUCCCACCCUGACCACCACCCUGACCACCACCCUGACCACCACCUUGACCACCACCCUGAAGACCACCCUGACCACCACCCUGAAGACCACCCUGACCACCACCCUGAAGACCACCCUGACCACCACCCUGAAGACCACCCCUGACCACCACCCUGACCACCACCCUGAAGACCACCCUGACCACAGCCCUGAAGACCACCCUGACCACCACCCUGACCACCACCCUGACCACCGCCCUGAAGACCACCCUGACCACCACCCUGACCACCACCCUGACCACCACCCUGACCACCACCCCUGACCACCACCCUGACCACAGCCCUGAAGACCAAACACUCUGUUAUACCCCAGAACUCUUUGAGGAGCAGACGGAGGAGAGGCUUCCUGUGAAGCUCCCUCACUGGCUGCAGGAAGGCAGCAGUCAGAAGGUCUGAGAGGAUCUCAGCUGCUCCAAAGCAGACCACCUUGGGUCCAGGAGACCCUGGAGGAAGAAGACAAGGAAAGUGAGGAGGAAGAACAACUUCUAGUGAGGAAGAAGAGCAGGAACCUGAGGAGGAAGACUUGUAGAUCCAAAGACAGAGAAGACAAGAUGUAAGAUCUUCAGAUUCAGUCUACAAACUUUAGAACUUUUUAUUUCCUCCAAAUGCUCACGUAAACAACAACAUGUAAACAACAUGUAAACAACAACAUAUAAACAACAACAUGUAAACAACAACAUGUAAACAACAACAUGUAAACAACAUGUAAACAACAACAUGUAAACAACAACAUGUCAGGAGAACAAGAAAAUAUGUCAUGUGAUCACAAUAGCAUGUUCAUAUUCAUACACCUUUAUGUCCAUAAGUGCUUAUAUCUGUCACAUAAAUGUGUUGUCGACAUAGACAUGUCGUCAACAUAAACGUGUUGUUGACAUAAAUGUGUUGUCGACAUAGACAUGUCGUCAACAUAAACGUGUUGUUGACAUAAAUGUGUUGUCGACAUAGACAUGUCGUCAACAUAAACGUGUUGUUGACAUAAAUGUGUUGUCGACAUAGACAUGUCGUCAACAUAAACGUGUUGUUGACAUAAAUGUGUUGUCGACAUAGACAUGUCGUCAACAUAAACGUGUUGUUGACAUAAAUGUGUUGUCGACAUAGACAUGUCGUCAACAUAAACGUGUUGUUGACAUAAAUGUGUUGUCGACAUAGACAUGUCGUCAACAUAAACGUGUUGUUGACAUAAACGUGUUGUUGACAUAAAUGUGUUGUCGACAUAGACAUGUCAUCAACAUAAACGUGUUGUUGACAUAAAGGUGUUGUCGACAUAGACAUGUCGUCAACAUAAACGUGUUGUUGACAUAAACGUGUUGUUGACAUAAAUGUGUUGUCGACAUAGACAUGUCAACAUAAACGUGUUGUUGACAUAAAGGUGUUGUCGACAUAGACAUGUCAUCAACAUAAACGUGUUGUUGACAUAAAGGUGUUGUCGACAUAGACAUGUCGUCAACAUAAACGUGUUGUUGACAUAAACGUGUUGUUGACAUAAACGUGUUGUUGACAUAAAGGUGUUGUCGACAUAGACAUGUCAUCAACAUAAACGUGUUGUCGACAUAAAGGUGUAAUGAACAUCCAACAAUGACUAGUAAUCGAGUAGUAUUCCUAAGAGUGUACUGUACAUAAAAGUGUACUGUACAUAAAAGUGUACUGUACAUAUUUUUGAAAUCCAUCUUAUGAUUAAAACAUGACAUAAAAGUACAUUUUAAA